CAUCUAGUAUGUGCUCUGAUUCGCUUUUUUGGUUGAAGAUGUGUUCUCUCAGUUUCGUGCUCUGAUUGUCUGCUGCCAUGCCUGUCCCUCCAUUACUCGAGUCUUCCUCUGAAACCGUAGCUCAGUAUAAACUCUUCCCUUUUGUCAGUUGUCUGAGCCGUGACAGUUUGUCACAGCAGUGGAGAAGUCACUAAUGCACACAGUGUGCUUCUCCAGCUUCUCUUUGACUCCAUUAAACUGUGACUCAGCACUUGAUCUUGGAAAUUAAUCAAGGAAGAACACUGUGUUCCUUCACACAAGUAAUUGUUGACAGCUGUCAAUAAUGAGAGCGGUAGAAGUGAACGCACUAGAAGCCUUCACAGAGCAGCAGAUCUGAAGCUCCUUCACAACAGACAAAUCUCAGUUCUCUGUGCUUUCCACACAGAUGGUGGCUGCAGGAAUCUGUGGUACAGAUAUAAAAAGUAUGGAUGACAAAAAUAUUGCCCAGUUUUGCCCCAUCAUUAUGGGCCAUGAAGGAACCGGCAUAGUCGAGAGUGUGGGAGAAGGAGUAAGCACGGUGAAAACAGGUGAUAAAGUCAUCAUCUUAUGUCUACCACAAUGUGGAGAAUGUAACACUUGCCUCAAUUCCAAGAACAAUAUUUGUAAGGAAGCUAGACUGUCAGGGACACAUCUGACGUCUGAAGGCAACAGCAGAAUUACCUGCAAAGGAAAGACAGUGUAUCAAUACAUUACUACGGGCACCUUCUCCGAAUACAUAGUCAUAAAGGAAAUCUCAGUCGCCAAGGUUGACGAAGAUGCUCUUCUGGAGAAUGCAUGCAUAAUUGGCUGUGGGUUUGCCACUGGCUUUGGCGCUGCAAUCAACUCUGCCAAGGUGUCUCCAGGCUCCACCUGUGCUGUGUUUGGCCUUGGAGGUGUUGGCCUGUCUGUCAUCAUUGGCUGUAAAGCAGCAGGAGCAGCCAGGAUCAUCGCUGUGGACACCAACAAAGACAAGUUUGCAAAGGCCAAGACAGUGGGUGCCACUGAGUGCAUAGACCCACAAGACUUUGAGGAACCCAUUCACAAAGUCUUAUUUGAUAUGAUGAAUGAUGGAGUAGACUUCACGUUUGAGGUCACUGGAAAUCCAGAAACAGUGGCAACUGCCCUGGCCUCCUGCCACAAGGAUCAUGGAGUCUGCGUGACUGUUGGAUCAUUAGCAUCUUGGAAUCAACUCAACAUCAAUAGUCAGUUGUUCUUCUCGGGACGUACUCUAAAAGGGUCAGUUUUAGGAGGCUGGAAAACCAAGGAUGAUAUCCCUAAGCUAGUUUCUGACUAUACAGCCAAGAAGUUUACCCUAGAUCCACUGAUCACCCACACCCUGACUCUCGAUAAGGUCAAUGAAGCAAUUCAGCUCAUGAAAAAUGGGCAAUGGUAA